AUCAAUUCCUAAUUUUAAAGAAAAAUAAUCAGAUUGGCAACAAUGCUAUUUUCACGUGCUGAUAAAAAAACAAAUAUUUGGGUUUGAAACUUCAACAAUAAUUAACGCGACUUUUGAAAGAAAGGGUUUCGAAAAUGUCAAGAAUUAUAGUCAAACAACUACCGAAGAAGAUUGACGAAAAUGAAUUGAGAAAUAUAUUCAGUGCGACGGGGCACAUCACGGAUAUAUCCAUGAAGUAUACUCCGGAAGGAACGUUCCGUCAAUUUUGCUUCAUAGGAUAUCAGGCGGAGGAUGAAGCCAAGAAAGCUCUUGAGUUUUUUGAUAAAACUUGCAUUCACACACGUCGUAUUCGGGUUGAAUUAUGCGGGGAUUUGGGAACUGAGAACAAGCCAAGACCAUGGAGUAAAUACACCAAAGAAAAGCAAAAAUUGCUUGAUUUGAUGAACGAAAAAACUGUGAAUUCUAAGGAAAAUGUGAACAAAAUCUCCAAAUUAAAAGAGAUAGUAGAAAAAUAUAAAGACGAUGCAGAAUUUAAGGAAUUUUUACAAGCUCAUGACAAACAUCGUUUGCUUUGGGCAAAUGAUGCGAAAAUCAAGGAGGACGCGUCUCCAUCUAGUAAAAGCGACAAUGAAGAGGAUGUGGAGGAAAACGCGGACGAUAAUAAUGAGUUGCCAGAAAAGGAUGACCAUGACAUAGCGGACAGAGAAGAAAGAUUGGCUACCAAAUCAAUAAGUGAUUUAGAAUAUAUGAAGUCUUUAAUAGAUAACAAGAAUGAUUUAAAUAUCAGUACAACAAAGCAAAGCAAACCUAACUUGGACCUAUUUACUAUUAAAAUUCAUAAUGUGCCCUAUAAGACUAAGCGGCAGGAUGUAUUAAAAUUUUUUAAGCCUCUAAAGCCUUAUUCAGUGCGUUUACCUACGAAAAUUCACGGAUUUUGCUAUGUCGGCUUUAAAACUGAGAAAGACAUGAAAAGAGCUAUGCUAAAGAACAAAAGCUUCAUUAAAAGCAAACAAGUGUUCUUUUCGGAUUUCACUGAGAAAAACAAAAUCACCAAAAAUAAGUUAAACAACUUGGAAAGUAGGAUGACGGCGGUGCCUUUAAAUGCCCAUCAUUCGAAAUGGAAACAGCAAGCAGACAGUUUAUGUAAUGAAGAGGAUAUAUCAGAAUCCGGGAAGAUUUUCUUCCGUAAUUUAACCUAUACAGUAAACGAAGAUGAAUUACAAAAAUUAUUCGAACAAUUUGGUCCUGUCGCAGAAUUGAAUUUGCCGAUAGACUCUGUCACACGUCAAAUUAAAGGUUUCGGCACGGUUACUUACUUGAUGCCGGAGCAUGCUAUUAAAGCGUUCAAUCAGCUAGACGGAAGCACUUUUCAUGGUCGCCUUUUACAUUUAAUGCCUGGUAAAAGUAAAACGAAAGAAGCUGAUGACGAGAACGACGCUGGGCUAACUUUUAAAGAGAAAAAAGAAUUAAAGCUAAAAAAAAGCGCUCAACAAAGUGUUAACUGGAACACAUUGUUUCUUGGGUCAAAUGCAGUCGCUGAAAUUUUAGCACAGAAGUUUGAAACAACCAAAGAGCAAAUUUUUGAUACAGCCGAGGGCGGUUCAAGUGCAGCAGUGCGAUUGGCCUUAGGCGAAACGCAAACAGUCAUAGAAAUGAAGAAAUUUUUGGAGGAUAAUGGCGUUCAGCUGAAUGUUUUUGAUGGCCCAGUAAUGAAACGUUCGAAAACAACAAUUUUAGUUAAAAACCUUCCACACGAUGCAAACAUAAAUGAUUUGAAACUCUUAUUUGGCACUUAUGGGCCCAUUAGCAGAUUCAUCUUACCUCCUACCGGUGUUACAGCUAUUGUUGAAUAUUGUGAUGCGGGAGAAGCUCGGCAGGCGUUCAAAAAACUUGCAUAUAGCAAAUUUAAAAGCGUACCGCUUUACUUGGAAUGGGCCCCGGAGAAUACUCUUUCGGGUGAUAAUAGAACGAGCACGGUAGACACAUUUACCGAAGAGAAAAACACACAGGACAAAAAAAAUAUUAAACAGACAGAGCAAUUGGAAUCGCAAGGACAUCAAUCUUAUGAACAAGAGGGAAAUAAAGAAAAGUCAGAAGAAGAGUGUGAAGAAAAGGACGAUAGUUGCCCCGAGCCGAAUACAACACUAUUUUUACGCAAUAUUAACUUUAAAACGAAACAAGAGACAAUUUAUAAUCACUUCAAAGGUUUGGGUGCGAUACACACAGUGGAAAUUGCUAAACGGCGGGAUACGAGCAAUCCGCAAGACAUAUUGUCCUUGGGUUACGGCUUCAUACAAUUUAAAAAAGCGUCUACCGCGGACAAGGCAUUAAAAAUAAUGCAAUUUACCACUAUAGAUGGCAAUCAGGUGGAAUUAAAACGCAGUGAUCGCACGCUUAAAGAUAGCGAAGAUCAAGUCAAAGCACAACGUAAGAAGGUUUCUUUGACAAAACAAACCGGCACCAAAAUUCUAGUACGCAACAUAGCCUUCCAGGCAAAAAUGAAAGAAGUCCAAGAUAUAUUUAAGGCAUUCGGGGAGCUGCGUAGUGUACGCUUGCCUCGCAAAAUGACACCAGGAGAAGAUACCCAUCGUGGCUUUGGUUUUGUCGAUUUUAUUUCCAAAAGUGAUGCUAAAAAAGCUUUUGAAGCCCUUAGUCAAAGCACACAUUUAUACGGAAGACGUCUUGUGCUCGAAUGGGCGUCGACAUCCGAUGAAGAUGUCACUGAGCUUCGCAAACGUGCAGCCCAAGAAUCGAAUGCUCUAGACACAUAUAAAGUCAAACGUGGAAAUCGCGCGGUUUUCGCGAUCGAUUCAAACUCAACGCAACAAAACGAAUAAUUUUUGCUUUUAUAUAGAUUUUAUUAAAUAUGUAUUUUCGCAUAUAUAGAAAUAGCUAUUUAUGUGUUAUUAUAGAUGUACGUAUGUAUAUGUAAUACAAAAUACCCUUGUAGUGUAUGUAUUAUGUUGAUAUAAAAAGAAAUUUUUAUAUAUGAGAGAAAGAAAUUCAAAGAUCUUUUUAUUAAAUAUGUAUGCUGCGGCGAAUGGUUUGGAAAGUAAAUUGGUUGCCGAAACACAAUGCACUCUAACAAAUGUUUUCCUUCCGAUUUAUUGGAUGUAUAAUUUUGGAGAGGAAUGUGAUAGGCAGUGACAGGCUAAUUUCAACAGGGAUCCAAGUUGGUGCGUAUUUUACGAUUUCUACAAUUGUUUUGACAGAAAUGUCUAUAGCAAGCAAACAUGCAACCUUUAAGCUAGAGAGCAGCAGAGUAUGUGAUCUGCUUCCUGCUAUUUGCCUUUUUUUUGUAUUAUGAAAAAUGGAACCCAUUAUGUAUUUUACCUAGGUUUCUAAACUUUGCUUGUAUGUUCGGUAACGUCAUCCCGAAAUUGCAUUUAUAGGUAACGUCCUUCUCGUACAUUUCAUUAAAUGAGGCUUCUUUAUCACGUCUACUGUAGUUUUUUAAGCCGAAAUCUGAUUAUAUCCUAACUCCAGCGUGUCUAGCUCGUCUUCUAAUCAUCUUUGUCAGUUUUGGAAGUAAACAGAAGCUUGCCAACUUUAAUGAAUUGAAA